AGGAGCGCUCAGCUGAAGCGCAGCAGAGGACACCGCCACACGUCAGGAGCAUCACCGACAGCCGUCGGGACUAGUAAAGUUGUGGCUUAACUUUAUUGACGCCUCGCAAUGGCAGAGCAUCUUCUACAUUACAGUGACUCGGCGGGGGUUGGAAACAGAUUCGCCCGCAAAGGAGCUUUGCGACAGAAAAAUGUACAUGAAGUGAAGAACCACAAGUUUACUGCGAGGUUUUUCAAGCAACCGACGUUCUGCAGCCACUGUACAGAUUUCAUAUGGGGAUUUGGGAAACAAGGAUUUCAAUGCCAAGUUUGUUGUUUCGUGGUCCACAAACGGUGCCAUGAGUUCGUUACCUUUUCCUGUCCUGGUGCUGAUAAGGGUCCUGACACAGAUGACCCCAGAAGCAAGCACAAGUUCAAGAUCCACACAUAUGGUAGCCCCACGUUCUGUGACCACUGCGGGUCACUCCUGUACGGGCUCAUCCACCAAGGGAUGAAGUGUGACACCUGCGACAUGAACGUGCACAAGCAGUGUGUGGUCAAUGUACCGAGUCUGUGUGGGAUGGACCACACUGAGCGUCGCGGCCGCCUUUUCCUCAAGAUUGAUGUUAGCGGGGAUAGGCUACACGUAACAGUGGGUGAAGCCAGGAACCUGAUUCCAAUGGAUCCAAAUGGUUUAUCAGACCCAUAUGUCAAACUCAAGCUCAUCCCAGACCCAAAGAACGAGACCAAACAGAAGACCAGGACCAUCCGUUCCUCUCUCAAUCCUUGUUGGAACGAAUCAUUCACCUUUAAGCUGAAAGCAUCAGAUAAGGACCGACGUCUGUCCAUUGAGAUAUGGGACUGGGACAGAACCACCCGGAAUGACUUCAUGGGCUCCAUGUCUUUUGGUGUUUCUGAGCUCAUCAAGGCUCCCCACUGUGGAUGGUACAAGCUCCUGAACCAGGAGGAAGGAGAAUACUACAAUGUUCCCAUUCCCGAGGUGGACGAUGUCAACCUGGAGCUUCGACAAAAGUUUGAGGCCUGCCAGCUAAAUAUCUACUAUCUCAAGAAAGCCAAGCUGGGCCACGGUAAGAAAGUUAUCACACCGACAGAUCACCGGCGGUUCAGUCUGCCCUCGGGUAACAUGGACAGAGUACGGCUCAGCGACUUCAACUUCCUGGCUCUUCUGGGAAAGGGCAGCUUCGGAAAGGUAAUGCUGGCAGAGAUGAAGUCAACAGAGGAGCUCUACGCCAUAAAGAUCCUGAAGAAAGACGUUGUGAUCCAGGAUGACGAUGUUGAAUGUACAAUGGUAGAGAAGAGGGUAUUGGCACUGAGAGACAAACCGCCCUUCCUCACCCAGCUCCACUCCUGCUUUCAGACUGUGGACCGACUUUACUUUGUGAUGGAAUACAUUAACGGAGGAGAUCUCAUGUACCAUAUCCAGCGUAUGGGCAAGUUUAAGGAGCCUCAGGCAGUGUUUUAUGCCGCUGAGAUAGCAGUCGGUUUGUUUUUCUUGCAUCGGAAGGGAAUCAUCUACAGGGACCUGAAGCUGGACAAUGUGAUGCUGGACUGCGAGGGCCACAUCAAGAUAGCAGACUUUGGCAUGUGCAAGGAGAACAUGUAUGAAGGAAUGUCCACACGCACCUUCUGCGGCACCCCGGAUUACAUUGCACCUGAGAUAAUAGCUUACCAGCCUUAUGGAAAAUCGGUGGACUGGUGGGCUUAUGGAGUUCUCCUGUAUGAGAUGUUGGCAGGGCAGCCGCCAUUUGAUGGCGAAGACGAGGACGAGCUCUUCCAGUCCAUCAUGGAGCACAACGUGUCCUACCCAAAGUCCAUGUCGAAAGAGGCAGUGUCCAUCUGCAAAGGGCUGAUGACAAAGCAUCCGUCAAAGCGUCUCGGCUGCAGCUUGGAGGGUGAGCGGGACAUCAGAGAGCAAGCCUUCUUCAGACGCAUCGACUGGGAACGCCUCGCUAACAGAGAGAUCCAGCCGCCUUUUAAACCUAAAGUGUGUGGAAAGGGAGCGGAAAACUUCGACAAGUUCUUCACGCGCACGCAGCCCAUGCUGACCCCUCCAGACCAGCUGGUCAUCGCCAACAUCGACCAGGGCGAAUUUUCCGGCUUCUCCUUCAUCAACCCUCAGUUCAUCCAUCCAUCUCUGCACAGCGUGGUAUGAGGAGGAAACAGCUAAUAUCCCGUGGUCAACAGACUUAAAUUAUCUUCUAGUUUCUGCAUCUGAGAAUCAUGCAAUUUAGAGGAAGGGGAAAAAUUACAUAGCACUGAAAUUUCCAACUAUCAUCCUGUGGUGUGUUGUUUAGUCCAACUCUGUGUUUCCAACCUCCCAGCUGUAGUUUUCUGCAGCCUUUUAUCUUGUAAAUGAAUGUGUCUCUGUAUCGGCUACUAUCUCUUUUGGUGUUAAAGGUACGAUCCGGUUUUCCUUCACAUCCCUGCAAUGCACAAAAAGACUGGAGCAUUGUUUUCUGUUCUGCCUGAACUUUAUAUACAUGGUUGUUACAUUUCUACACUCAAAGAGUUAGUACACGGUUACAAGUGCCAAAAAAAAGGGAUGAAAAUACAUUUCUAUGGCAUUUCUUGUUCCUUUUCUUUUCCACCUCUGGCCUUUCCUUAUCCUGUCAACUCACCAAAACCUCUCAACAGGCUGUUUGUAUUUGUUGUUUUGUAGAACGUGUUACUACAGUAUAUCUGACUCGACUUAAACAGACAGAAGCAAACUGUAUUACUGUUGCAAGGCGUCCUGGUCCUUUCAGCGCAGCAGAUGUUAGCCGCAGUGGACAAGUGUUGUUCAGACAAAUCUGAGUUAGGAAGAUGCUAUUUUCAUAUGCACAACGCAAAUCUCUGUUGCAUGCUUAUUUUCUGACUCUGUAUGAGCUGUAGAGUCUAGGAUGCAGUACCCGUCUUGUAUGACUGUAAAGUUUAGUAUUACAAUAUAAAAUUCGACGAUAUACAUGUUUGCUCGGAUUAAAAGUUUCUUACUGGGAAAAAGGUUUUGUUUCAGUUUUGUGUUAGACUUUUACGUUCAAGAGGUCCAACCCCAUUGUUUUUCUUUUGUUUUUUUGUAAAUAUGUUUCAAAAAGAGAAGUUACUUGCAGAUUUUAUACAACAAACUGAAUGUGCUUUUACUACCAUAGACAGUUUAAACAUUUCUAUGUUUAGAUUAGUGCUGAAAAGAGAUCUAUAUAAAUUUUGGCUGAUUUAUUUAUUUUUUUGGUAGCUUUGGUAUCAGCAAACCCUGUCUUACGUUUAUGUAUAUCAAGUAUUUAUCUGCUGUUUUCUACUACUCAAUGUCAUAUAAAGAAUAUGCAGCACUACCUGUGCGUGGCGCAAUCGAAUACCUCUCUUGCCUUGGUCCCGACAGGGUCGACUCCCUCUGUAGACAAACUGAAUUCCAAACCGAGCUGUAUUGGUGGACCGCCCUGUGGCCAAAACCUGUCAUGUGUUUAUAUAUAUAUAUAUAUAUCAUGUGCAUGCGUGCGGCGAGGCCUGAUCCGAGCAUGAAAAAAGGCCCCUGCAUGAUGUAGAGACCUUGGACUCGUACAGAAUGAGAAAACCAGCCAGCAAUGUGCAUUUUAUUGGGUUUUUUUCUGAUCAUGUCUUUCCUUUUUCUCUGUCUGACCUGUUUAGCUAAAAAACUCAAAUAUGAGUAGUGUAAGAUAUGUGAAUUGCUUUACAUGGCUAUUUGUAUUCUCUGGUACCCCAUUUUCAUGUGUCCAACACACCUAUUUUGUCUAUUU